ACAGAGAUGCUGCGUUUUCUCGCGAUACUUGGCAACCCAGCCCGUCAAAGUGCAGAGCGGUGAGCGUCAGCCGCGGAAUGUUCAAACGUGAAGAACUGAGAGCUUUGGUCCACGAGCGGCUGAAGGCAGCAGCAGAGGAAAUAUUUAGUCUGUUCGAACAAACCAUUAAAGGCUAUGAAGAAGAAGUUGCCGUUUCGAAGCAGGAUUUUGACCAGCGACAUCAGAGACGGACCGUGAGUGAAGCCUCUCUGCAGCUUACGGUCCAGAAAGUGGACGUAUGCACUGAAAAGACCACCGAUGUGAACGAGGAUGAGCACGAGAAAUUGGGGGUCAAAGAAGAACAGGAGGAGGAGCUGUUUCCUGCUCAGCCAGGUGAGAGGCACGAGGAGGCUGACAUCAAGGAAACAAUGUUCAAUAUCAUUUAUGUGCAGAGAUGUGAUGAAGACCAAAGACGUUCACCACAUGGAAGCAAAGAAGCCCCUCGGCCCAGCAUCACUCACAUUUAAUCAUUCAUAUGAAAACGCAUACAGGGGAUAACGUCUGAAAUGUUUAUGGUGGACACUUCCAAAAUUUCAAUUCAGUCUUCUUGCACUGCUCAAUUGUUUUAUUUGUUUUAUAUUUUACUUGGCUGAUUUUAUUUGACCUUUUUUUUAAACUUCAAAAUAAGCUUUGCAUUUGUUUGUUUCAGCAAACAUUUAUUUAAUCGUACUUUACAGUGUCUGUUUUUUUUACAACUGAUGUAUGUGCAGAGUUUAUUCCAAACGAGACUCAGAGAAUAAAAACAAAUGUCCCAGCUGUCCCAGUUCCCCCUGAUUGAUCACACCACAACCUACAGGUACCAAUUCAAAUUCUUCAUGCAGGGGAAAGUGUAAAGGAGUUUAACAUCCGCAUAUGUACUUCAGUAGUAGUGUGUAAAGAAUUUUAAUGUUUAUGUUGACUCUAAUUUGUCAGGUGUAUAAUAGAGUAAUAAUAUAGUAAUUAUGACUUCAUAUUUUGUAGUAUGAAUCAGAUAAAAUGUCUUGAGUAUUGUUUAUUUCUAGUGUAGACUUUGUUACUGUCUUAUCUGCUGUCAUCGGUAGAGGGCAGCCAUCUUUGCGCCAAAUUAACGCUUGUGCGUCGUGACGUCACUUCCUUUCCGCGAACCUGAAAAUUUGGCGCCGCAGAUGUAAAUCGUUCACAGACGCUAACAAAUAUCUGGAAAUAAGGCAAAUACACUCUGGAGCUGGAAGGUCGCGGGAACAGGCUGCGUUAUUAGUUCCGGUUCUGUCGGUUAGUGACUAAUGUUCCGAUCCUGGAGAUGCGGAGUCGCUAAGCAAUGAGUGAGCUGAAAGCAAGCAAUAAGCAGCAGCAGCAGCAGCUCCUCAGGCUGUAAAAGACGGACUUCGUGCAGGCAACAGAACCGACAUGAACAGAAAGCUCAAGAGUAACAAGGUGACUUCAGGAGGGCAGAAAAACAUCUCGUCCUUUUUUUCCUCGCAGACCCUGAAGGAUGAGACAUCUUCUAAAAGCAUACCCACCACUGCUGGUGCACUCACCAAGUUUGAGCCUCAGAAAACUGGUGAAAGACUCCAGUCCCCCAUUAAGAGGAGUGUUCUCGGCGACCUUGAAAACCUUUUGCCCUCCUCACCAGAUAUCCUCUCUGUGCCUGAGACCCCCAGCAGUCAGAUCAGGCUCACUUCUUACUGUUCGUCCACAGAGGCAGAUCCUCUGAGACGCCGGUUUAGCACAGAGGCGGGGCGUGAGGGAAAGGUCUUGCAGCUCUCUCCCAUCUGUCGCAGUCCCCGCUCUAAAGGACUGAGAGUCCAACGAGUGGAGACUGGUGGGGCACGAACCACCAAGAGGGAAGAGGGAUGUUCUGGCUCCUUAAAAAGACUCUUCAGUCCCCCUGAUGAGCUCCACAACACCAAGAGACCGAGAAUUGUACUCAGCCCUAAAAAUAGCGACUUGAAUCAAAAAAGGCCUCUGAUUGGACCUCUGACGAUGACCCGGUUCCCCAGCGACCCGUCAGAGGGUCACAGUCAAGGUACUGAACUGGGCUAUAAUGACAGUAGAAACACAACAGUUUCACUGAAGCCUGUUUCUGGCCACUCUUGGGGGGAACACAGCACACAUCAGGAAUCCAAAGAUAGAAGUAGACAAGGUUCUGGUUUUACUCUCAUCACUGAGCAGAAGGCAGCCAUGGUGAAACGCAAAGUAGAACCUGAGGUCAAACUUCACUUGGACUUGAAUCCGAACUCGCUCACUGCUGAUGUGCUGGAAGUUACUGCACAAACUGUCACCUCUGCACCGCAGAGAACUGAGAGAGAGACCGACACGAACAAGACAGAGGCCAUGAGAACAGCUGUGACUUCAUCAGCGGAAGUCGGACAUAAUGUGACAUCGUCAGACCAAGAACAGGCGACAGCAAACAGUUCUGCGUGUCCUGUGGAUGAGCAGUUGGACGAGAACUGGUUUGCUGAGCAGAUGGAUCAUAACGACGAUCGCGUCACUGAGGACAAGUCCAAAAAACCCUGGAAGGUGCCAGAGCACGUGAUCCUGUCUGGAGGGCCAAACAACCGCUACUGGGUUUUGCAUGUGGACCAGGGACCAGGCCACAAGUCUCUGAUCGUCUCCUGCUACAAGUCUCUACAUCCGACUGAGACAUGCGUGCUGAAAGAUGGAUGGGAGAUGAUGCCUGUUUCUCCUGGCGACGUGGUGCAUCUGGAGGGACACUCUGAUGGUGGAUCCUGGUUAGUGGACAGGGAGCAGGGCUUCCUGGUUUUAUUUCCUGACACGCUUAUCUCCGGCACCAGCAUCUCGAGCUCCAUCCGCUGCAUGAGGCGUGCCGUGCUAGGAGAUAUGUUUAAGAGCUUUGAUGGCGGGUCCAAGCAAAUGUUGAAUGGUACCAUGGUUCAUGAGGUCUUUCAGAGAGCAGCUACAGCUAAAGAUUUCUCUUCAGAGACACUGUCUAAACUGGCUGACCAGGCCCUGCACAGCCCUCAGUAUCUGGGAGACAUGUACAGUCUGGGCGUAACUCAGGAGGAGAUGGAGCAGGAACUUCGUGAUUAUCUCCCCUCGCUGGAAUGCUGGGCAAAAGAAUACCUCACCUCACCGACACAAAAGGCCAUCAGCCUCAAAAUCAACAGCAAAGCUCCAAGCAGGUGUCAGGAGUCGACAACUGUCACGGUCACAGAGCUGGCCGACAUAGAAGAGAAUGUGUGGUCCCCGAAGUUUGGUCUAAAGGGGAAGAUCGACGUGACGGCGCGUGUUCGAAUCCAAAGACCACGAAACGGCAGCCGCAGAGCGGUGGAGGAGAAAACUCUUCCCCUGGAGCUGAAAACUGGAAGGGAGUCAAACUCUAUAGAGCAUCGCAGUCAGGUGAUUCUCUACACUCUGAUGAGCAUGGAGAGAUAUAAUGCUGAAGCUGGUUUCCUGCUUUACCUCAAGACUGGCAGCCUGCACCCUGUAGUGGCCAGUCACAUGGACCGCAGAGAGCUUCUGAAGCUGAGAAACACUUUGGUUCAUCACAUUCACAAAUGUGUGGAGAAACAAGCAGAGCGGAGUAGUUUGUCUCGGCUUCCUGACGUCCUGACGAACAGGCAAACCUGCCAAUACUGUCCUCAGAGGAGAAACUGUGCUUUGUAUGAGAGAGCGGUGAAUAACGGCUCUACAGACUGCGAGGACGUCGUCCGUGACUUCCUGCAGGAGGAGACGGGUCAUCUUGUUCCAUCGCAUCUCGACUAUUUUUCCCACUGGCUGCUGCUCUGCUUCCUGGAGGCAGCGACCAUGGAGGCCAAGAACGGCCGGAAACGCGUGUGGCUUCAGACCGUUGAGGAGAGUGAGAAGAGUGGAAGCUGCGUCGGCAACGUGCAGCUCUGUGGCCCGGUGACCGUCCAGUCCGGAGGAGUUUACCUCCAUCGUUUCCAGCGCAGCAGUGUUUCAUCGCAGCAGGUUUUGGGCCACAGCGGGUUGGCCGGCGGGGAUCGCAUCGUUGUUAGUGACCUGGAAGGACGUCUCGUCGGAUUGGCGACGGGCUAUCUGUGUGAGGUCAGCAGGACCUCGAUCAGCUGCACUCUGGACAGAGACUUGUCAAAGUUCAGUGGUGUCUUGUUUCGCCUGGACAGUGAUGAAGGUGUAGUGGGUCUCAGUACUCACCUCACUAAUCUCUCCAGACUGAUGGAAAACUCUCAGGACAGUGAUCGUCUGAGGGAGCUGGUUGUUGACCUUCGACCUCCAGAGUUUAUUACCAGCCUGAGUUCGGUCCUGCCCAGAGAAGCGAAGGACACCGUGGCCAACAUCCUGAAAGGUCUCAACAAACCCCAAAAACAGGCCAUGAAGAAGGUGUUGCUGUCUAAGGACUACACACUGAUUGUCGGGAUGCCUGGCACAGGGAAAACCACAACCAUCUGCACCCUGGUUCGGAUCCUGCACGCCUGUGGCUUCAGUGUGUUGCUGACCAGCUACACUCACUCUGCUGUCGACAACAUCCUCCUGAAGCUAAAGCGCUUCCGUGUUGGGUUUCUGCGUCUGGGGCAGGGACAGAAGGUUCAUCCAGACAUCCUCUCCUACACAGAGGAAAGUGCCAGAAAGAAGGGAGUUCACACUCUGUCAGAGUUGGAGCAGCUUUAUAACAAAGAGCUGAUAGUGGGAACUACCUGCAUGGGCAUCAAGCAUCCCAUCUUCACACGUCGCCGGUUUGAUUUCUGCAUCGUGGAUGAGGCCUCGCAGAUCAGCCAGCCCAUCUGUCUGGGACCACUGUUCUACGCCAAGAGAUUCGUCCUGGUCGGAGAUCACCAACAGCUGCCGCCAAUAGUCCAAAACAAGGAAGCCAGGUCUCUUGGGAUGGACGAAAGCUUAUUUAAGCGGCUGGAGCUCCACAAAGAGGCGGUGGUCCAUCUGAAUGUACAGUACCGCAUGAACAGGCAAAUAAUGUCUCUCAGUAACUCCCUGAUGUAUGAAGGUCGGCUGGAGUGCGGCUCAGAGAAGACGGCCUCGGCACUGCUCACCCUGCCAUUCUUACUCUCUGUCCAGGCUGAGAUUAGUUCGUACUCUCAGACUCAGAAUGACCUGGCAUGGAUUCACACAACACUGUUGCCUGGCAACCCUGUUUGCUUCCUGGACUGCUCGAUGGUGCCAGCUCUGGAGUCUGUGGAGCAGGGAGGCGUGAGCAAUCACACGGAGGCCGCUCUCAUUCAUAAGCUUCUUUCACUGCUCAUAAAGGCAGGGUGUAAGCCCAGUGAAAUCGGGGUCAUUGCACCGUACAGACAGCAGCUGAAGGCCGUCUCUGCUUUGCUACAGUCCUCUGCUUUCGUCGGUGUGGAGGUGAAUACAGUGGACCGCUACCAAGGACGGGACAAGAGCCUGAUCGUGCUUUCUUUCGUCAGGAGCACUGCAGAGGAAGGAAGCUUAGGCGAGCUGCUGAAGGACUGGCGCCGACUGAACGUCGCCAUCACCAGAGCCAAACACAAGCUGCUGAUGGUGGGCUCUGCGUCCACGCUGCGACGCUACGCGCCCGUGGAGAAGCUGCUCAACCAUCUCCAGCAGGAGAACAUGAUUAUCCAGCUCCCACCCAGUGCACACAAGGUUUUACCCAGCAUGCACCUGUGAGAUGGGUUCAUGCCCAUGUGGAGGAUCCAGUAGCAACCUGUGAAAACCAAUCUGUGGUUGUUGUCGAACCUGUGACAACAAUUUGCUAAUGAUUGAAAGCUAAACAUCUGUGUCCACAUGUGAGAAAACUCUUUUAAGGCCUUGUUUAUAGUUAUGAUGAACUUUAACCUUGAAACUGCUCAACACAUUAGUGCUGCUGCCUGCGUCUGGUCUGUAUCACACCAGAUGAACAUCACUUACUUUCCGUUAAGCCUUUAUCUCCAGAAAAAGAUACUUGAAAAACGACAGAACUGUCUUACAACGACAACGUAUAUCUGACUAGAGUUGGAGGAACAUCAGAAUACACAUUAACUCUAAACAGACUGUGACAGUGAACGAUACAAAGCAUCAGACCUGGUCCAGUCUGCGUGUGAAUAUUGUUGAUCACUACCUCAGUACACUGAUAGAUUUGGUACUUUCUCACACAACAAACUCAGCAGUAUUGUGAAUAAAGAGAAUAAAUAAUUAGUCAAGAUAAGCUCAUAAAUAACUAGUUGGGAGGAAAAGUAAUUGUUUUUUAGUGGCACCCUCAUAGCUCUGGACUAGGAAACUGCAUUUGUGUCAUUUGUUAACGUUCAGCAAUGAGUUUUUUAUGGCACAUCGGUAACUGAUUCUCUUUUAACCUCCUAAGAAACAUCCCAUUUUACUUUUUGUAUUUGAUUUUAUUUUAAAUUAAAAUGUGAAUUUUAUGAUUGUGUUGUGUUAUUAAAUGAUACCAAACGUA